GAUUACGAGUGUCCUCAGCUCAGCAGUGAGGCAGAAAUGUCCUGGGGCCAAGAGCCCCUGCUUAUGGUUGGACAGUCUUAGAAGGUGGUGUGAUGAGCCCUGGGCUCAUGUGGCCCCACAUCCAGUGAUACAGGAAGGACCUGGAGAACCAAUGUCCAAUUCCUUCUUUCAUGGGAAGACAAGGGAGCUUGAUUUAGCAGGUGAAUCCGUCUCAUCCCAGUUUUCUGCCAGGAAAUCAGGGCCGGUGGCGGUGGUGGUUCUGGUGGCCGUCGGUGAGGCAGCUGCGAAGAUCCUGAUUCUCUGCCUCUGCCUCAUCCUCCUCAGUGUCAGGUCCCACAGGAGGAAGGCGGCAACAGCAGCAGGCGUGGAGGCUGCAGACACCGUCCAAAGUUCAUCUCGCCGACUCCAGGCUGUGCUUCCAGAUGCCUCCACGUCCAGUGCCUCCACAGUCUGAGCGGCGAUGCUUCCUCUCCAUUGCUGGAGAAUGAGGUGCAAAUGCAACAGCCUGGACUGAAGGCCGUGCACGAUCUGUCCCCUGCUGGACUCUGCCCCAGAUGGUGUGCAAAUGGCCAAAAGCACAUGAGAAGGUGCUCAGCAUCAUUAGUCACUUGACAAUCACAAAGCCUAACUGCAAAGGAAAUGCUACUUCACACCCAUUCAGAGAACUGUUAAAAAUUUAGGCCGGGCG